CGGGUGCAACACUCUGCGUGGGAAGUAGUGGUUCGAAGGUUGAAAAUUUGAAAAGGGGAAGGUGUGAGAGGCAGGCCCAGCCCUCCCCUGGACACAACCAUGACUCCAGACGAGCUGAUUUAUAUAGCAGUCUUGGCCCUGUCAAUUCCAGUUGGAUUCAUUUUCAGGUAUCUAAGUCCUCCAUUAAAGCAAGCCGUAUCACUCGUACUCGGCCUGGCUGUUGUUUUAACAACCUGUGGGUUUCAUAUUCUUCAUUCACUAAUUACAGUAAUUGGAUCCUGGGUGUUAAUCAAUUACAACUGGAGGUCGGCCCCCAAUCUCACUCUUUUCUGGACCUUCUCAUACCUAUUCUUUUUCAGACUUGUAGCAUGGUUUGGACUUCCUUCUCCUACACCUAUCACCAAUGCCGUGCAGCUAAUUUUGACCUUAAAGAUGGUCAGUUUGGCCAAUGAAGUUCAAGCAUUCCACUUGGCCAAGAAAGAAGAAUCAAGCUCUUUUAGCAAGUCUGGAGUUGUUUGCUCAAUCUUGCAACUGCCUUCACUUUAUGAUGUACUGAGCUAUAGCUACUGCUAUAUUGGUAUAAUGACAGGUCCAUUCUUCCGUUACCAAACAUACUGGGAUUGGCUGCAGCAGCGAGAUCCAGGCUCAGUUCCAGGGUUGAAUUAUUGCCUAAUACGUCUUCGCAUGGUGCCUUUGUACGCCGUCCUCUUCACCGUUGUGUCUUCAGUGUUUCCUCUCAGUUAUGUACGCAGUCCUGAUUUUCUUCAGCAAUACUAUAUAUACAGGAUCUUCUACAUGGUGCCUAUUUUCUUUGUCUUCCGUAUGCGCUUCUACGCAGCUUGGAAUGCUGCUGAGGCAGGGUGCAUAUCUGCUGGACUUGGGGCCUACCCAGAGGAGGCACAGUGCAAACCAGGAGGUGGACCAUCUGUGGAGUACAACACUUACAGUGAAACUCCAGUUCAGUACAAUUUUGAGGCAAUCCGUAACAUAGACUGCUAUAACACUGACUUCUGUGUGAAGGUGCGACAUGGCAUGCGGUAUUGGAACAUGACAGUGCAGUGGUGGCUACACCAGUACAUUUACCAGAAAGCCCCUUUCAGGAGUUAUGUAUUUCGGGCGGCUUGGACUAUGUUCGUCAGCGCCUACUGGCAUGGCCUGCAUGCUGGAUACUAUUUGUCCUUCCUGACCAUCCCACUGUGCAUUGCUGCUGAAACCUCAAUGGAGAAGGGACUUCGGACACGACUAACAGAUAAGGGCCAAUACUGGUUUGACUGGGUCCACUGGUUCCUAAAGAUGAGAGCCUAUGACUACAUGUGCAUGGGCUUUGUCCUGCUGAGUGGGUCCGACACCGUAUAUUAUUGGGGUUCUGUGUAUUUUACCAUUCACGUGGUGGCACUGUUAUGCAUUGGGUUGGGUAAAGUUUUGGGUGGCAGUGCAGAAAGAGGAGGCCAGAAAGAGAAACCAGUGAAAGGUGAUGCGAGAUAAGGUGGCUUAUAAAUAUACAGCUGAGGCUGAUUCCCAAGAAAGAUGGGUACCCAGAGUAUCCUUGAUAUCACUGCUAAACUGUUUACAUUUUGUCAGAUUGUCUGCCACUGCAACCGUUUUUUAUUGUUUUUGGUUUUUUUUCCUCUCUCAAAAAAAUAUUCAGCUGGAACACUGCUAUAGUUUUUAUAUGGGGUCUGAUUCACACCGCAGAGCUGCAUUCAUGGAGGAAGGCAGCUUUGAGACACAGUGUGCAAAAAGAGUGUCAAACGUUCAAAGAAAGUUAUCAAAGAACAUUCCUGCAGUAUGUCACUUACCAAUUUCCUCUAGUAUGAAAGACUACUGUUUCUAAUUCAAUGUCACUCUUUAUUGUCACUUUUUAUAAUGCAUAUACUGUUAGCACACACUGUUAUAUUUUGUGUAUUAUUUUGUGAGUUAGUAUUUUUUAUAUUUGCUGGAUUUGAAGCCAGUUGAUCAGUGUAUUUGGUUUUUAACCUUAUAAAUUCAGCUCAUUUACAGUUAUUAUAAAGCUCUAUCAGUUUGGGAGUGUCUCAAUAAUGUUUUGCAGGGGAUUUCAGUCAAGUCCACUGUGUAUCCCACUCUCAUUUACUGGUAUUUGGAAGUAUGUAAAUGACACAAUAAGGUGCCAGAACAGAAUUAAUGUCAAGAAGUUCCAUCCUACAGCAUCAUGACUGUGUACUGGGAUAAUUGUAAAGCUGCUUUCCUUAUAAAGGGAUUUUGUUGAGUCAUUUGAUGCAGAACUAUCCUUGUCCCUGAUCUUAUUAAAAUGUUUUAUUGAUUAAG